CCUAGCUAUGUGCUAUGCUUUGUUAAAUCAAAGCAAAAAAAAAAAAUGUAUUUAAUAUUAUUAGGUGCAAUCAUUAUUAGAUUAUAAUUAACUUAAAAUCAAUAUCAAAAUAUUGCAUAUAUUCAGUUUGUCUCUUUGUUACAUUCUCACUUUUUUAUUUUUAAUAUUCUUUCGUGCAUUAUGUUUCAAUAAAAUUUCAUUUAAAAUAGUCUUAUUGGCUGGUAGGUCGCCAUCGCCGUUUGCCGUUUUAUUGACAAAUAAGUAUAUUUCUUACAAUAAAAAAACAUUUAGAUCCAAAUUAAAUUUAAAAUGUUAAUGCAUAGGCAAUCAUUUAGUAGAUCAUUCAUUAUAUAAUUAACUGCAAAGAUUACAAAAGUAUACUGGAAAAUUAAUUGGUUCUAACUUUAUCAAAUGUGAAAUUUCAUAAAGACGCCAUAUUUAUUUACUAGUUAACUCAAGUAAGAAAAUAUAGACUUUUGAUAAGAUAAUAUAACGACGAUAUUUCAAAAAGUAGUAAGUAAUUUGAAGGUCAAAAUUGGACGUUUCUUUGUAAAUAUGUCUGGCACUUACACGCUUAAAUGACAUAUACUAAUCUAUAAAUCGAUUAUUCAAUUAGAUCGUCUUACCCAUCUCUACUUAUCCAGACGUCGUUCGUCCGCCAUCUUGAAAGCGUAUUUGUUGUCAUGUUUACGUUGAGUGGCAAGGGUGAAAUUUGUGCUUUUUUCUGGCAUAAUUAGGUGGUCUUUGAUGUAACCGUUGGUGUGGUGUUUAUCAACCCAUCAAAAUGUUUUAUGCACAUUUUGUGCUGGCCAAGAAAGGCCCUUUGGCCAAGAUUUGGCUGGCAGCUCAUUGGGAUAAGAAGCUAACUAAAGCUCACGUAUUUGAAACUAAUAUUGAGAAGUCAGUAGAUGGAAUAUUGAAGCCCAAAGUAAAGAUGGCCCUUCGAACGUCAGGUCAUCUGUUGCUUGGAGUAGUAAGGAUAUAUUCAAGGAAGGCAAAAUACCUGUUACAAGACUGCAAUGAAGCAUUUGUUAAGAUCAAGAUGGCCUUCCGGCCAGGCAUGGUGGACUUACCUGAGGAACAUAGGGAAGCUGCUAUGAAUGCAAUUACAUUGCCUGAAGUUUUUCAUGACUUCGAUACUGCUAUGCCUGAAUUAAAUGAGGUGGAUAUAGAGGCACAGUUUUCCCUCAACCAAUCCCGUGCUGAGGAAAUUACAAUGCGGGAAGAUUAUGGUUCAUUGAACUUAGUGACACAUGAUGAUGGGUUUGGUGACAUGGGCUUUGAUACAGAUAACCCUGAUAUCAUGAGAGAAGCUAUCGGAAGUGAAGGAGGAUUGGAGCAGAGUAACCUCCUGUUCGCGGAUGGGUCGUCUUUAGAGUUGGGUGGUAAAGACGCGGGUGUAGCGAGCACUAGCGCGGCGGGUGUGCCCAGUUUGGCGACUCCUGCGCACGAGCGACGUAUGGAGGCCGCGCCCCACGGCCCAAUGGACGAUGGCUUCGGCGGUACUAUAGGAGACGUCGCUGAUUUUGGACGUGAGUUCACUUAUUAGGUU